CCGUCGUCGGUACUCGAGAAAAGGAGCCCCGCAGCGUGCGUUUAAGGAAGAUGUCGAGUUCGCAGCGUAUGCGAAAGUCCUCGCCAUGCUCGAAGCAGGGCCCGAUGCGCGCCACCCUGCCCGUGAGCUCGCUGAUGAGGCAGGGCCGGCAGAGUAGCAGCCUCCGCAAGAGUAACAGCAACAGUCCCACCGUCUCGCCGACAAACGCGGCCGUCUGGCGGGCGCGCAUCUCGCCGGAGACGUCGUCUUCCUCGGGACAGCGGAGCCCCGGAUCCCUGUCCUACAAAGCCAAAUCAAAAACAUUGAGCGGUCGCUGUAGCGACAGCUUGAGUGGAAACCAGAGCAUUCGUCGAACAGCAUCAUUGGAUACCAUUUAUCUGAAAGGUCAAUGGCCACGUGAACCCUAUUACAUGCAUUCCAGUCUUCUGGUAGACAAAUCUACUCAGACGGAAGAAUGUCCCACUGAACCAAGAAAAAUGCACACUCGUCAUCCCACAGAACAAACUGUCACCGAUGAGAAACUGGAAAAGAAUUACUUCAGGCAUCGAUUACAACGUACAAAUAAAGAAGGUACUAGUAGUAGAGAGCGGACAGCAGCAUUCGGAUUAAUAAUGCCGGGUGGUCCACCACCCGCGCUUCCCGGAGAUCAUUCAGUACUUUUGCCCAGUAUUGCUUCACAGACAUCCAUGCACAAUCAAUUUAGCUUGAGUACAAAAGCAAGUCCCAUGAAUAUACCUGUGAAACCAAUGAGGCCUCCGAUGCGUUCGUCUAUCGAAGGUCUCAAUCAGGAAAUAGAGGGACUUGUGCUCAAAAAUACAGCCAAUAAUAGCGAUGCAGACCAUCCAGUAGAAGACAAGUACGCACGAUAUCGCGAACAAAUCACACCCGAAGGACAUCGCGCUCCUCUGGCAGACCUCUUGCGAGCCACUCGAAGUGUCAACACGCAAACGCCGGCUACUGACCUUCCCUCCAGUUCUUAUUCUUCAGGCCCUCCGUCUAGGAAUUCUGAGUCUCCGCUGAUUCCUGGUGUAAUGGAUGCAUCCCGUCCGCCUAGCGAUCUCUUACAAGGUGGAAGCCGUGGCUCAACGCCCGAGCAAGACAGAGAAGGACGUCUCGGAACCUCACCACACAUUAACAGGUUCCUUGCGAGGGAACCGCCCGAUGGCUGUGAGAAAGUCAACCUCAGAUUCGUGGAAGAUGCGAGGCGGCCGAUGAUAGAUUUGAGCAAGUUAGAAUAUUGCCCAAAGCCGUGCGUUCCAGCAUUCCAGUUGAAACCUAGCUUGGGAUCAGCGUUCCUGCCAUUGCAACAGCCGGCCAGUCCGACGAUGGUCGCCAGUGCAUCACCCUCCGCGCAUACAACACCGACCACACCUCCUCCAAAUCCAUAGUCCCACUCUUUAUCUUGCGGUGUUACACUUAUAAGCUCGGUUAGUACAUAUAUAUAUACACACACACAUAUAUAUUUUUUUUUAACGACCUUGUGGGUAGAAAGUGAUUUACUUCGACAUAAAGGCAUAUACCGACAAAGAAAAGUUACCGAACAAAAAGGAAAGAACAGCAGCCUGUUCCCAGUGCGUCCCCGCGGGAACACAACCGUGCGGGCAUCGUGGAUUGUGUAAUUAGAGAAGUUAGUAAUUGCAUCGAUACAAACAGAAAAACGAAGGAAGUAUUUGAAAAAGGCAUCUGAGCUCCGUUAUGAUGUUCGAAACAAUAAUUAAAAAAAAAAUAAAAAUAAAAAUACGAGGAACAAUAAUUUGUGAUAAACUAAAAGAAAAAAACAAAAAGAGAUGAAAUGACAACGUUUAGGAAUAAACAUUGUGUUCUACAGGGAAAAAAGACUAAUGAAAUUGUGUAUUCUAAAUUUAGUGCUAAAAUGUGCUAAACGACUUUAGUUUUGUAUACACGGAUAAAACUAUUCAAGAGAGAGAGAUGACAAAAAAAGAAAGAAGUAUUAAAUUUCAUUGUUGGAAUAAACAAAAUUCUACGGAUAUAAAAGAAGAGCGCUUGUGCACUAUUAUAUAUAUAUAAAUAUAUAUAUAUGCGUAUAUAAUAUAUGUAUACACGCAUAUGUAUAUACACAUUGCCGCUCACCUCUAUGAUGUUUUCAUUAGAUCUUCAUUGCUUGUGUGGAAACUGAAUUUAUAUAGUGACAGAGAGAGAGAGAAAGAGAGAGAGAGAGAGAGAGAGAGAGNAGAGAGAGAGAGAGAGAGAGAGAGAGAGAGAGAGAUAUGAAUCACUUGUUAGAGUUUUGUAUUGUUUUGUAUUAUUACUUGUAUGCUAAAAAGAUAUUCUCAAACUAUUGUACGAAGAGCUAGAAAAAUGAUGUAUCCCUAUGUUUUUGUUUCACAGAAACAAGCUUUAUGGAAAUUGUUUCGUUUUUUUAUUGACACGAGAUAAAUACGCGUGCAACCGAUUGUCAAAAUGUUUGCGAAACUAUUUACACAAACGUAAAAUAAUUCACGGUUUUGCUUUGAAUGGAGAAAGUUCUUUUUGAAUUUCAAACAAAAUCGUGUUUGUGAAGUAUGUGAGGCAAAAUUUUGUUUCGGAAUUGACGAUGGCGUUCUCGUUCUUUUCGUAACUGUUUUAAGUGACAAUACACCAUAGGGCUACAAUAUUUUUUUUUCUUUUUGAUUUAUCAUUAUUAUUAUUACGUUAGAUUUAUAUUAAUAUACAAUCUGAAUAUGUACAACCGAUAUAACAUGCAGAUUGAUGAUGAGUGUAUGAUAGAAUGAGUCCAACGACACAAGACGGAUUUAUGUAUCGAGCACAGAGAAAACGAGAUGAGUGAUAAAUAUUUGCAUACCGACUGGGAGAGGUGACACGCGACAUGUGCUUUCGCUAAUGUGGUAUCAGAUGUGUAUAAGAAAACGGUUCCCUGGCACGGAAUACAGGUGUGCGUGUAUGUUUUUUGUAUAAACGCGGAUAAUUAAUUCUCAGAAAAAAAAAAUUAUAAUCUGCGUCUUAUACAAGCGACAGUAUGCAUGUGAUGUAAUAUCAGAAAAUCCUAAUUGAUUUAUCUAUCCGCGAUUAACUUGAGAACAGGAACUUGCGCGCUUGCGACAAAAUUUUGUUUUUAGCUGACCAAAAAUUUGCGUCGUUAUUCAGAAAAAAGCGUUGCUUUAACAAACAUUUUUCGUCGAAUAUUUAUCGUGAUUCACGUUGACCGCGACUCAAAAUUUGUCUCUAUUGCCAUAUUUGUAACAUUUUCUUGUAAAAACGUAAAGAGAAAAACUCACAGUGCUCGGUCAACGUGUUGUAAUUAACAGAAACUUUUCAAAAUAUGAUUACUAUCAAAAUAGCAAGACGGAAAAAGAGAAAAUGUGUGCAAGUUAUUCGUGCGAUGGAUUAAAUUAUUAUUUAGUAUACGCAAACAUAGUCACUCGAGAAGUUCAAUUUAUUUUUUGCUUUCUAAAUACGGAACAUUUUGCAAACGGUUUUUUAUAGUUACACACUCACAGACACUCACAAUUACACACACACUCACACUCAAACACACAGUCUGUGGAAAAUAAGAAUCUUGAUAGCGUGUAAAGCCGAGGAGAGCGAAAGAGAAACGGUUUUUUAAAUACAAUAGUAAUAUACUUUCUAAUAAUGUAAUGUAUAUCUAGCUACAAUAGCGGAGGAAGAGAAAAGGAUGAAAAAAAAAAGAAUGUUAACACAUAAGUACCUGGCACACUGGUCUAUGCUCUCUCUUAUCCAGCUCACUAGGAAGUUCAUGCCUUAGAAUGCGUGGUAAGGUGUGCUAUAUACAUA